AUGCUUCUAUCCACACCCAACACCAAGAGUUCCCUCCUUCUCGCUCUGUACCUCCUUACUGGCGCGUCAGCAGUACCCGCCCCCGGCAAAUCGCAUGGCACAGACAUUGAAGAAACCUUUGGUUUCUUACCUGCUAUCUCAGGCGAUGGCCUCGGAACAGAUCCAGUUCUCUGCUUUCCAUCCAGUGAUGACGACGACGAUGAGGACUCAUGUAGUUUCGAUUCAGAUAGUGAUGAGAAACGCGACCUAUUCUCCACGCUUAUGGCUAGAGCCUCUAUGAGCUCUGACGACAAGGAGUCACUGCGACUCCAUAACGAGGCUCGCAAGAAGGUAAAUGUCAAGGGCCUUGUCUGGGACUACAAGCUUGAGGAAGCCGCUCUUACCUGGGCGAGAAAGAUUGCAAAGGCCGGCAAGAUGAAGCAUUCGGAGUCUAAGGACCGUUCUGGUCAGGGCGAGAACUUGGCCUAUGCCUACUCAAGCAAUGGUUUCAAGAACCCCAUCACCGCUGGAACCAAGGGCUGGCUCAAUGAGAAGAAGAACUACAAAGGAGAGAAGAUCCCUAAGGGCAAUUUCACCCAGUAUGGCCACUAUACUCAGUGUGUCUGGGAAAAGUCCACCAAAGUCGGUAUUGCUGCCGCCAGGGACUCCAAGGGCGCUUGGUACACUGUUGCUCGGUAUUCCGGUCCUGGCAAUGUUGCCGGCCAGAAGCCUUACUAG